CUACUUGACCUCCUUUUGUUUAUUUUUCUAUUCUCUCUCCAGAAAUUCCAAAAUACCCUACUGCCAUUUCCCUCUCUCUUUCUCUUUCCUCCAUGUCAUUUAGCAGGUCCCAACGGUCAUCCGCCAUCUCGCCGUUCCGUUCGCGGAAGUCACCGGCUCAACCUCCGCCCCCGGCUCCGAAGCCCACCGGACGGCCGUUAACUCCUUCCUCGACGACCUCGUCGAGGCCCCCCUCGAGACUGUCAAGCCCUCCAGUUAGUUCGGGCCCAAGCCCAACGCCUCAUGACCAGCCUGAAACCAGCCGGAGCAAGGAAAACGUGACUGUCACAGUCAGGUUCCGCCCUCUCAGUGCUAGGGAAAUUAGUAAAGGAGACGAGAUAGCAUGGUAUGCUGAUGGAGAUUCUACAGUGAGAAACGAGUACAAUCCUUCAAUUGCUUAUGGUUUUGAUAAAGUGUUUGGUCCGGCAACCACAACGCGCCAUGUUUAUGAUAUUGCAGCCGAGCAUGUGGUUGGUGGUGCAAUGAAAGGGAUUAAUGGGACUGUUUUUGCAUAUGGUGUUACUAGCAGUGGCAAGACUCAUACAAUGCAUGGAGAGCAAAAGUCACCUGGAAUUAUUCCGUUGGCAGUGAAGGAUGUGUUUGGAAUUAUACAAGAGACACCUGGGCGAGAAUUUCUUCUUCGUGUUUCAUAUUUAGAAAUUUACAAUGAGGUUAUCAAUGAUUUGCUUAAUCCAAUGGGGCAGAAUCUAAGAAUACGAGAGGAUGCUCAGGGAACAUAUGUCGAGGGAAUCAAAGUAGAAGUUGUUUUGUCACCUGCUCAUGCUCUUUCCUUGAUAGCAUCUGGAGAAGAGCACAGGCAUGUGGGUUCUAAUAAUUUCAAUCUUCUAAGCAGUCGAAGCCACACAAUUUUCACCCUGACUAUUGAAAGCAGUCCAUGUGGGGAAUAUCAAGGGGAAGAAGAUGUGACUUUGUCCCAAUUGAACUUAAUUGAUCUUGCAGGAUCUGAAAGUUCUAAAACUGAAACAACUGGAUUAAGGAGAAAGGAGGGUUCAUACAUAAACAAAAGCUUACUUACUCUUGGCACAGUUAUUUCUAAAUUAACAGAUGAAAAAGCAACUCACAUUCCAUAUCGAGAUUCAAAACUCACCCGUUUAUUGCAGUCAUCUCUCAGUGGCCAUGGACGUGUCUCUCUCAUAUGCACAGUGACACCUGCCUCUGGCAAUAGUGAAGAGACACACAAUACACUUAAGUUUGCUCACAGGAGCAAGCAAGUGGAAAUCAAGGCUUCUCAGAAUAAGAUUAUGGAUGAGAAAUCUCUCAUUAAAAAGUACCAGAAGGAAAUUUCCUGUUUAAAGCAAGAGCUUCAUCAAUUAAAGCGUGGAAUGAUGGAGAGUCCUUAUAUGGCUGCAUCUACCCAAGAAGAUCUUGUUAAUUUGAAGCUUCAGCUGGAAGCUGGUCAGGUCAAACUACAGUCACGAUUGGAAGAGGAGGAACAAGCCAAGGCAGCUUUAAUGGGAAGAAUUCAGCGAUUGACCAAGCUUAUCUUAGUUUCCACAAAAAAUUCCAUGCAAACAAGUCUACCUGAAAGAUCUGAUCAUAUAAGAAGGCAUUCAUUUGGGGAAGAUGAGCUGGCAUACUUGCCGGAUAGGAAAAGGGAAUGCAUGACAGAAGAAGAUUCUGGAAGCUAUGCUUCUGAGCUUUCUGUAGAAGGAAGAGAUGAGAUUACUAAUCUAGAUGAGUUGGUGAAGGAUUUUAAACGAAACAGGAGGCGGGGGAUGCUUGGCUGGUUUAAACUGAAGAAGCCAGAGAAUUCAGUAGGGUUGUCACCUAGUACAGAUAGUGAGAGCUCUGCUGGUGGAUCACCUGCCUCCCAUUCCAAAUUGUCACAAAAUAGGGUCACAUUCAAUGAUAUAAAAGAUGGAAAGAGAAAAUCUAUCGGUAGGAAGGGAGAUGAAACUACAAUCAUUGGUUCAUUUCCAGAAAGAACACAAGCUGGCGACCUGUUUAGUGCUACUAUUGGAGGACGCCGAUUGCCUCCAACUGGUACCACAAUAACGGAUCAAAUGGAUCUUCUUCGUGAGCAGGUGAAAAUGUUAGCUGGGGAGGUGGCAUUGUGUACUAGCUCUCUGAAGAGACUUUCAGAGCAAGCAGCUAGCAACCCUGAAAAUUUACAGCUGAAGGAACAAAUGCAAAAGUUGAAAGCUGAAAUUAGUGAAAAGAAGCAUCAGAUGCAUGUUCUAGAGCGACGCAUGAUUGAAUCAGUUGAGAUGACGUCAAACACAUCAACCAGCAUUGAAAUGCCAAAGGCUUUAUCCAAGCUCACUACUCAGCUCAAUGAAAAAACAUUUGAACUUGAGAUUAAGUCAGCAGACAAUAGGAUACUUCAGGAGCAACUGCAGAUUAAGAUAUCAGAGAACACUGAGAUGCAGGAGACAAUUCUUCUGCUGCGGCAACAGCUAAAUUCAUUAUCAGAAAAAAGCUCCAGCAAACAGAGAAUUGCUGAAUCUGAGUCUACCACACAGAAGAGCAAAGAAGGGAGGAACGAGAUUUGGUCAUUUGAAGAAAUUUAUGCUGAUGAAAACACACCAAAAAGUGUCAUGAGUUUGAAUCAAAUAUUUUCCCAAGAUGACCCCAAAGAGUGCAAUGACACUAGUUUAUUGAAUUCUCAAGUUCUUAUACAGGCUUCUGAGAUAGAGAAUCUGAAGCAAGAGAAGGUGAAGCUGAUUGAAGAAAAGGAUGGACUUGAAAUUCAAAGCCAAAAACUGGCAGAGGAAGCAUCGUAUGCAAAAGAAUUGGCGGCUGCUGCUGCAGUUGAGCUGCGAAAUUUGGCUGAAGAAGUAACCAAGCUGUCUUAUGAAAAUGCGAAGCUGUCUGGUGAUCUGGCUGCUGCAAAAGAGACACAAUGCAGAUCUAACUGCUGUCAGAGGUCCAUUUCAUAUGAUUUUAAACAAAGUAACUCCAAUGGUUCUCUACCUGAUGGACGCUUUAGAAAAACUGAGGAUAGUCUUUUGGUUGGGGAGUUGCAGAAGGAACUAAAUGAAAGAUACCAAAGAGAAGCUUCAUUGGAAAUGGCACUUUCUGAGAGAAACAAGGUAGAAGGUGAGCUACGGAAACAACUUGAUGAAGCAAAACAUCAUGAAGAAGAUUUGGAAAACGAGCUUGCCAAUAUGUGGGUGCUGGUUGCAAAGAUGAGAAAGUCUGGUGUUAAUGCUGAGGACAUGCCAUCUGAAGGGGUCUACACAUCUACCACUUUUGGAGCAGGUCUUAAAAGUGGAUUUCUGCUAUCUAAUGGUCAUUCUUCUAGAAUAUCCAAAGAUGAAACCUUUGAAAACAUUGAUGGGAUGAAGACAUUAGAAGAGUUGAAAGUAAGCUAUCAGAAAGAGAGAAGAAAAUGCAAACAGCUAGAAGGCAUUAUUUCAAGAUUGAAGGUAUUCUAACUUGGCUAGAUGUUAACUGAAUUGCUACUGUUUGUGUAAGAGUGCAUGCAUGAAGAGAUGAUCAGAGCACACAACAGUUUGAUCGAGUGCCCUAGAUCACCAAAACAAUAAAUGUUCUCUGUUUAGAGUUCAUCACAAGCUCAAUGGCAUAAAUUUUAGCAAUUAGAACAUCGUGGGGUCCAACAUUCCAAUUUAUUUUGAUUCCAGUUUCAUUGUUGAACUGCUUAAGAAUUAAGCAUGUCAUAGGAUUUUGAUAUUCAAAAUCCUGGCAUUUGUCUCAAA